AUGGCAAGUCGCGCAUGGGCGGAUGAGCCGUGGCCGCUCAUCGAAACCCCAUCCAAAACCCAGGACGUGUCAACCCACGCCGCCAUUUACAUCGCGAACGAAAUGGCCUGUACCCAUAACUGUAUGCUCCGCGGCCUAAACAGUAUCUACUUGCAGGCCGAACAAGUCGAAAGACCAGCCGACAUUGGGGAUUUCCUCACUUUUAUCAAAUUCUGGGCAAACUGGGUCUCUGAUCAUCACGUCCUGGAAGAGGAACACAUGUUUCCCGGUUUUGAGAAAGCAAUUGGCAUCACCGGCUUUCUGGGAAACAACGUGGAGCAGCAUCAUGCAUUCCAGUCACAGCUAAAAGACCUCUUGACAUAUGGGGCCAGCACUAAACCCGCAUCCUACGAUGCCUCAGUCCUCCGUGAAAUCAUCGAGCGCAUGGCCCCCAUUUUCCACCAGCAUCUGAGCAAUGAGAUCGAUAGCCUCCUCUCAAUGCAGCCUUACAAUGGGGAGGCUUUGCUUAAAGUGUACAAGCAGUGCGUAGCGUCUGCGGCAAAACAAGAAAAGCAAGUAGUGCCCCCCAUGGUGCUUGGUCUGCGGGACGUCACGUUCGAGGGCGGAAGCCAGUGGCCUGCGCUGCCUCCCCUGGCGGAGUGGGUAAUCAACUACUUGUUUGCCCGCCGGCACGCAGGUGCAUGGCGUUUUCUCCCGUGCGAUAUGUGGGGGAAACCUCGCCCGUUAGCAUUUGGGCCGACCCAAGGAGAAUAA